AUGUCCUCCCGCUGUAUUAGACCGAGAGCUGGUGAACAAUUUUGGUUGUAUUUAAUUGUUGGAAAUAUCUCUAAAAGUGAAAUAUGGCCCGUACUAAGCAGACUGCUCGUAAAUCCACGGGAGGUAAAGCGCCCCGUAAGCAAUUGGCUACUAAAGCAGCCCGUAAAUCAGCACCUAGCACUGGUGGAGUCAAGAAACCUCAUCGUUACCGCCCUGCGUCUCGUGAGAGAAAUUGCUCAAGAUUUCAAAACUGACUUGCGUUUCCAGUCUGCAGCUAUUGGAGCUCUGCAGGAAGCCAGUGAGGCAUACCUUGUGGGUCUAUUUGAAGAUACCAACUUGUGUGCUAUCCAUGCGAAGCGUGUAACCAUCAUGCCUAAAGAUAUCCAGCUCGCUCGACGAAUCCGUGGCGAGCGUGCUUAA